AUGCAGAACCCUGCUACUGUGAAGCGCCCUGUCGAGAAUGUGGAAGGAACCGUGCUCUUCCUCAAGAAACAGCUGCAAUGGACACAACAGCGGGAGUUCGAAAAGGUCGAUCUGACAGUCCCGCACAUUAUGACCCCAGAGUAUAGACAGCCCCUGAUCCAAUCUAUCCGCGUCUUGGCAGUCAAGUUUUUCGAAGUGGCUGCAAGUGUUGUUCAUGCACUCAUGGAUUUCCUCGGAGACUCGGAUAGCCCCUCUGCAUUUGACGCUGUCGUUUUCGUUUGCCUUCCACGGCGUCCUCUGUAUCCUGGAUGCUUGUCAGACAUCGAAACCACAUUCCAAGAGACCCGAAACUCAGUGCUUGGCGAGAUCCCCAUUCUUGCAAGCGAGCAGCGGUUACUUGACGAGGCUGGCGGCGAGGAGGAUAAAAUGGAGGGUAACAAAGUCGAAGGGAAUGGGCGGCCAAAGGUGCUUGCCAACGGGACAUGCGCAACGGAGACGGCGCUGGCUCAGCGAGAUUGGAGGCUGUCAACCAUUGAGAGCUACCCAGAUGUGCUUCCGGUCAACCAUACGCCUAAUACGCCGCAGAAUCUCUGUCUUGACUUUGCAGCGCUCGGGGACCUCAAGCUGGUUGAACGACCUGUUGUAUAUCUCAUAGUGCUUCUUGGUUUCCAGAGUAGCAAAGCUACAGUCAAGGUCUCAUCAACAGAGACGGCAGUCAUAUUCUGCAGCAUUUUAUGGGAAGGCCCUGCCCUCGGUGACUGCUGCGUCAUCUCGAACGACGUCCAUAGCGAUAUCAUAUUAAGCCUACGUAUUGUAGUGAAAUAUAGACAUUUAAUUACUCUCAAGGUCCGAAGCAUGUGGACAGAGUUUGAGUGGGAGAACAGG